CAAUACCCAAUCAGUGAAAUGCGUGAGAAAAUCAAAUAUUUAUUAGCAGAUUUUGAGAAAAGCACUAUUAAGGAGAAGAAAGAAGAUCUAAACCUGAAACAAGCUCCUCUCAAGGUUGUGAGAAACAGCUGCAUUAGACUUCACUAUGAAUUGUUCCAUCUCCAUGUAGCCAUACCGAAAGUACUGGGUAAAGAACUCUCUUUUAUUGCCAGUAAAAAAUGUCUGGAAAAUAUACAACAGUCUAAUAUAUUUAUAAAAGAGAACUUUCCAAACCAUGUUUUCACUGUGAAUGGGAAGUCUGUGCACAAUGUAAAAAUGCCAAGCGAUUCAUACAUAUGCCGGAUCACAGCAGUAUGUGCUCUCCCAGAUGGACAGGUACUGGUUGCAGACUACUAUAAUAGGAGAGUCAAGCUUCUGAACCAGCAGUACCGUGUGGUAAGCCACUUGGAUGUGAGGGUUAGGCCACUGGACAUGUGUCAGAUCACACCCACUGAGGCUGCAGUGGCUAUGUCGAAUAAAGAGGUCCAGUUUAUCACAGUAAGCCAGAGCCAGCUUGCCAAAGGCAGGAAGCUUAAGUUACAACAUUAUUGUGCAGGUAUUGCCCACAACCAGGGUGACCUAUAUAUCUGCUCUGGUACUGCUCUGUACAAGUUCACAUUGAGUGGCGAACUGGUCUGCAGACUUUAUGAAGAUUCAUCAGCUGAUUUAACAGUAUGGAAGUGUGCUGUGAGUCCCACAGGGGACAGGCUGUACAUCAUCAGCUGGGACCAGCGCAAGCUUCUCACCCUGGCCAGGGAUGGCACACUCCUGGCUACAUACACAGACCCAGCACUAAGUGGCCCACGUGGUCUACAUGUGACCCCUGCAGGCCAGGUGCUGGUCUGUGAUUACCUGUCCUACACUGUACUACAGGUGGACAGGGAGGGAGAGAGUAAGCUGGCUAAUCUUGCUACACUGGAGGAUGGAGUGAGUUACCCAUGGUCAGUCUGCUACAGCAGCACCACAUCAUCCAUCAUUGUGGGACUGUGGGACGACAACAUCCUGGUGUUCAGAGUGGAAUAGUGUGUACACUGCUGCAGGACAACGAUGCUGAGGAUGUGGUGGACAAGAAUGACCUGAAUACGCAGAAGGACAGCACCACCAUUGAUAUUGAGUUGGCCCAGCAACAGCACCAGUCCGGACUGCAGGAGCCCCAGUCCAGGACGACCCAUCCACUCCCCUGACCCAUAGCUCAUCAUACUUGAUAUCCGGAAAAUGGGGCCUAAUGCAUGUGCUUAAAUUGUUGUCACAGAUAAGCCUGUGCAGUUUGCACAGGCUAAUAAUGGACAACACUUUCCUCUUAAAGCAGAGCACCAGCAUUGAUAUCGAGUUGGCCCAGCAACCGCACCAGUCCCGCCUGCAGAAGCCCCAGUCCAGAACGACCCUUCCCCUCCCUUGACUUCUAACUCCUCCCCUUGACCGCCUGCCUCAAAAAGUCAGCAUCGUUGAACAACUCCGUUCUGCAGGAAAUUCUGAGCAUGAUUCU